AUGAGCCAGGGGGCUCCGGACGAGGGAGGGGAAGGAGAGCAAGGCGUAGUGUGGUGCUCGAGACGCAGUUGCGAUGGCCCCAACUUUUCCUCCGCUCCUUUCCUCGCGACGCGCAACCUCAUCAUCACCGCUAACCCGACGCUCACCCACGAGGAAGUAGCCCAACAACUGGCAAAUGCCUGGACCGAAGAAAACAACGCACGAAAGGCUGAAUACGAGCAGCAACAAGGCGAGCUGCAAGCAGCUAGGGACGAAGCUGACAGGCUUGCGCAAGAAGAAGAGGAUCGGCGCCAAGAGGAGCAAGCGCAGAAGGAGCAGGCAGAGCAGCUUGAGAUAGAGAAGAAGAAGCCAAAGUUGAAGCUGCUGGACAGAUCGAGGACGGUGGGUGACCAGAUUGAUUCACGCCCCUCCGCCUACGCUCUAAAUAAGCUUGAGAACCAUGAGUACAUCGAGCCAUGGUAUUUCACAACAGAGGGAUGCCAGGAUGCCGCCGACUACCAGCACACUGUCGCAGACGAGACAUUCGGCCUCUCCAAAGUUGACAACUUCCUAGCGCUCCGUGCCGUCUCUGCCUCCAAGGCCUCGCGAAAUGCCAUCAAAGACAUGGACCUCACCUGGAGGCAGAUGGAAAUGGCCAAGAACCUCCUGCUCUCGUACAUGGGAAAGCUCAAAUGGCCGGACGAGUACGUACAAAGCCUGGCCGGUUUCUUCAUCAACAUCGACAUGAGCAGUAUGCGCUCCCGCCCUAACGGAGAAAGAGCCCUCCUGGUGUACCAAGCCCGGUUUCGUCGUGAAUGUGACGCCAUCAAACCCAGCGAAGCCUUUGAUAUUUCGGUCAUCAAUCAAGAGCUCCUCAGGAACAUCAAGGACGAGGUGCACGACACUGUGCGCGCUGAGGCUCUCAAACAGGUCAGCUCAUUCCCAUUCCCAUAA